CUACACACCAGGUAUUUCGAUGCACCAGUUUCCUGUAAAUCCAACAGUGAGAGCCCAAUGGGUGAAAUUCGUGCAGCGGCACCGAGUUGAUUUCGGCGAACCUGUUGCCAAACAUGCCUCGUUGUGUUCGGCUCACUUUGAGCAAAGUUGUUACGAGGGCAGCUUGGCAUUUUCGCUGGACGGUAUGACGCAGAUAAAACGGAACAAAGUUCUUAUCAAGGGCUCUGUUCCAACAAGACAUGCAGUUCUACCAGAAGGUCCUGAAGUUCUGACAGAUCGCAAAAGGCGACAGCUAAGGCGUGAUGCCUUUGCAGAGUUUCAUUAGUUGGAGGCGAAGAAAAAGAAGGUUGAUGAGGCCAGGGAAGAAUCAAUGAGUAACCUUGUAGAUGAUCAUGAUGAUGAUACAAAUGAAGAGAAUCCGUGCAACAUCGUAACUGAUGUGUGCAUGAGCCCAAUUGAUGAAAGUUCCUCCAACACCAAUGCCUCAACUGCUACUGCUUCUGUUACCACUCCUUUCACUUCUCCAGUUGCCUUGACCUCCACCAACAAUACCUGUGCUACGCCAGUCAAUACAACACUUGUUUCUUUCACCACUCCAUCCCCCAACGUAACACCAUUGCAAGGCAGCUCUUGUGUAGAUUGUGUAUAUAAAUCCAAAUUCAAAAAUCAGACGAAGCAAACUAUGCGUCUAAGGAGAAUAGUAAAGGAACAGAAAAAGGAGAUAAGAGAGCUCAAAAGUGAAGUAAUUGAAACAGCGUCUGAAGGGGAAAUUGAUAUGCAGGAGGAAAGUGGGUCCAAAGAUUUCUUUCUCUGGUCAAGCACUGGGACUGAUACAGAUAUGGCAACAGAGAAUGAGGAUGGGGACUGGAGGUCACAGGCAGGAGGUUCCACAGAAGCUUAAGGUACUGAAGAUGAU